UUGGGGAACCCCUUCCCCCUCCAUCUGGGGUUGGAUUUUCCACUCCCCCUUCCCCCCGGUUCCAUAUCAGAGCACGCCAACUCAGUCAGUUCUUAUUCUGAGCUCCCCCUCACCAUCUAGCCCUGCACAAAGCUCCCCCUCCUCCUCCGUUUCACCCCUUGGCUCCAGAUCAAACAUUAACUCAGGCCAAACACUCAACCCUCAAUCUCUGUUCUCUUCAUUAUUACCUGACAAAAUUAUUGAGGAUUCAUCAGCUCCAGCUUCAACAUCUCCACAUGAGGAGGAGGAGAAUGUAAUGAGCCAAAGUAGACCCAGAGAGAGCAGCCUGCCUGUUGUGGACUCAUCAGGAAGAGCCUGGGCCUUAUCCUCUGACUUUUUCACACAGUCCAAUCCAGGCCUGUGGCCACUGCUGACCAGCACAGGGACUGUGGGCCCCAUGAAGAUCAACAUGAACCAAGAAGACGUGGAUACCAUAAGUGAUGCAGAUACCCAUCUGGUCAUUACUUCAGAGGGAGAACCAAACUCCCUGCCAAAGAUCUCAGGAGAUAUUGAAAUGGGUAUUUUACCAAGAACUGUCCAAAAAUCAACAAACCAAUCAGCAGGUAGGAUGACAACACCUCUUGGGACGGAAUCUGAAGUAUCCUUGGUCCCAAUUAGCAUUCCGGGUGAUGACGUUUCCCAUCAUGCGCAGAGGAGCAGGCAGCGAGACCGUUCAUCUGAACACAGACUUGCUCUUUCAGCAGGCUAUGAGGUUGACCUUGUGACACAGCCCCAGUUACAGGAUAAAGUGGAGGUUUCAGUUACUUUGACUCCAGCCCGUGAGGUUUCGACUCGUCUGAGUGUUCUGCAGGGUGUGGUGGAGAUGUCCCUGGGGAGUGGUUCUGUGAGUAGGGUGGAAAGAUCCAGUACAGCAAGUGAUACAGCACACAGCGAGAGCCAGGACCGAAACUCCCUUCCGAGUAUCCCUGCCAGACCUGGAGAGCUUAUCACACCUCAGCCUGACCAGAGCAGGAAACAGGAAAGUGAAUCAGAUCAACACACGCUUUCCUUCUCUCAACCCACUCACGUUCCUACAUCAGAAUUGUUCGCCACUCAAAAUAUAAACACACAAAACCUUGUAAACAGUCUCAAAAUAGAUUCAGUAGCAGAGUCAGUGAAUCAGCUGGAAACCACUCAUUGGACAUUGGAUUUCAAAGGCUCUUCAUCAGAUUUUGAUGGGUCCAUUACACCAAUCUUCAGCCAAGUAAUGAUUAAACCAACAUCCCGUGCCUGGAACAUGUUUGAAAUUCCUGAAUUGAUGACCCAUUCUUCAAACCUUCCAGUACAGGAAGUUGCUAAUGUUGCUAAAACAGAUACAGUAGCAGUGAGCUCUGAGCCAGGCCUCCGUGAAAGUCUCCCUGAAAUAAUUUCAGCAGAUAGCUCUCUGAAUGGUGCUGUCACAACACUGUCAGCUCGACCAUGGUCACCACUGACAAAUGACGAUGACCUCACGUCCACCAACAGAUUCUCCAGAUCGAUUUCCUUCACUCCAGAUUUGAGCCUCACUGCUGUUUCUGUUGUUGCAAGUGGAGGUGAAAUGGCGUCAAGUGAAGUUACGGACAACAGUGGUAGUGUUAGGGGCAAGGAGUCCAAAACUCAGAGUUCUAGAGACACCACUGUUGAGGAUGAUAGAAACGUGACGCAAUUCACCUUCUCCAAAGACAGGAUGGCCAAAGGAUCAGCCAAUCACAGCCAAAGGUUAGAGGUUACUCAGAGUGCUGAAAGCAGUACAGGAUUCUGGGUAACUUAUGGCACAUCAGUGGCCAAAAAGGACAGUGGCAGAAGGAACACUGCCCGUGACAGUGCUACUGAAAGGUUAGUUAGCACAAAGCCUUCUGACCAAAUCCUUUGGUUUGAAGGAGGAACCAUUUUACCACCAAACUUUGCAGGGGAAAGUACAGGAGGGUCCCCGACUGGACAUAAUGUUGUAUCUGGGGAUACAGUCCCAUUGUUCAGUCCAAGAACACCUGCACCAGAGCUGAUCACAUCACCGACAGUAGUAAACAUAAGCUCACCAUUUUUUGGAGUUGAUCACAGUGCAUCUCCAACUAAAGAGACCUUUCCAACAACACUGUCACUCUCAGAGUUUCCAGAACAGUCUUCAACAAGCUUCGAGGAGUCUCUGUUGCUGACCAGAGUCAGAGAAACCAUUACGCCAACCUUAAGUAAUACGACACUGUCCAGAUCUGGCAAUGCAGUGUCACCCUCACAAAGCAAAAUUGAGCCCCAGACAUCUGCAGGCGAGAGGCUGAGAGAGACCUCAGUCACAGCAAUGAAUCAAACUUUCCAGGAGGUGACUGUGCUGGACAAACUAGUAGUUACCUCUGGAACACCAGUCUCGGUGCAAGGUUCCUGGAGUGAAACACAACUUGAUUCCCAAGCCACGACACCACCUUCGUUCCCGGUACUGACCUCCUCUGUUAUUUCGGUGACAAAUGUGAAAUAUCUUUUGCCGUCUGUCUCUGCCUUUGAGGCAGCAUCUCAACCAUCAUCUGACCAGACUGGCACAGGGCUUUCACACGCGCUGAGCAGCCCCCUUGCAAUCUCUGGCGUCUCAGAUCAAGGGGAAGCAGUCUGGCAAAACACUGUGAGUUCAAAGUUUACAGCUCCAUCUCCUCCAGCUUUACCUUUUGCUGCUGGCAAGGAAGAAACUGUUGCAACUGGUGAGGGAUCUCCCUCGUUCUGGGCAGCCCAGAUGCACCAAUCAGGAUUGGAACCUGUCGAUGGUUCUCCAGGGCCCAAUGUCACGCGCACUGACACAAAGGGCCUUAACCGUGAUGCAGCGCAAACAGUCAAACCUUUAGGAAACAAACGGUGGCCAAAAAAAAUAUUGUCCACGCUUGCUGCUGUGCAUACUGUUGUAACUGAGGGCUUUUGGACUCGGGGUUGGUCUGGUUUAGGGACGCCAUCAGUCAGCCAUGGGCUAGCACCAACCUUAGGGUCUUCAGCGCCCCCUGUAGGAACCACAUCGUUUCGGGCAGUGACAAUGAAACCCAGGUCAGUGACCAGGCACAAACAUCCUGUUACUCUAACCCCCGGUAGUGGCAAUAGCUGGACAUCAGGGAGGAAUGGCCCCUCUCUAAUCUCACCGACUCUCAGAAUUGGACAAUCGAUGUCACCAGUGCCAACGUCUGAGGCACCGCACCUGCCUGUCGACACAACACUAUCGGAGAGACCCGUACAAACUGUAACGCAGCACCGUACCCUGGGCACGCUCGGGGAGAUGUCGAAGUCAGCUCCAUCGUUUAAUCCAACAGAGAGGCGCAAAAACAUUUUCAUUGUGGAGAACGAGCUGCCGACAAUCAAAGAGGGUGUCACAUUGAACAUUCCGACAAAACUCAUUCUGGAUAUGAACUUCACCCACCAGUUGGGAGACCCAGCGUCUGACGAAUACCAGAAUCUGGCCAAGCAUUUCACACACAAAGUUUCUCCAUUUUAUAAGAAAGUCCCUGGAUUUCAGCAGUUGCUGAUUAAACACUUCAGGGCAGGAAGUGUGCUGAUUGAGUUUGACGUUGUCUUUAUUGCAAAGGAAAUCCAAGGUUAUUUGCUGGACCUUAGUUUGAUCUUGAAUAUUACUGGACUGAAUGACGUGAUUGCUGAUGGGUUUGAGAUUGAUGGAGCCCAGGUGCUGAGCAUAUAUGUUUCCGAUGAUCCCAUUGCUUUGUGUGGUCAGGUGUUUUCCUGCCCAACUGGGUUCCAGUGUAUUCAUCGUGACAGAAGGAAUGUGUCGUGCACCUCCCUUUGCCAUACUGACUACUGCAAAAGCAGUGGCAUCUGUACUCACAGCCAGGGGCAGGAGCCCAUAUGCCAGUGCCCUGUUGGCAUUGAUUACUGGUUCAUGGGUCCCAGAUGUGACCACAGGAUGACACGGCAAAGCUUGAUUGGAAUUGUGUUUGGUGUCAUACUCAGUCUUCUGUUGGUCACAACAGCUGUUGCAAUCAUUGUCCUGAGGAGGUUCAAGAUCUUGUUGAUCGAGGCUAAAAUCGACCAAACUAAGAGUAGUUACAAGCGCUUCAGUCAGUUUGAUGAUUUCUCCAGUCAAUACCAGUCACAGUCCUGGCUCAACUACUCAGUCAGCUCUUUGAAUAAUCCUGGCUUCAGUAACUCUGACGAACUGAUCCACCUGCAGAUGUUGGACAGUAGUUACCAUUCUUGUCAUGAGGAGUUUCUGACUGGUACCUGCAGCAGCUGGAGGACAACUCCAUGUGGUCACUCAACCUACAGGCACAGUUUACAAAACAACUUGGAUGUCAGUAUCAGUAGCAUCAAUGAGCAUGCUGGGGACUCUGGGAAAGCCAGUGAUUUAUCCGUUUACAGCUGGCCUACUGAUCCUCUCCAGUGGUCACCCUUUCCAAUCUUGUACCAGCUGAGCAGGGACAGACCUUUUACAGCUAGGAGGCCUCGUUCAUACUGCGAAGGGAUGGAACUAGUAAGUUUGGAAAAAAACUGGACAGCAUGAAAACAUACAGAAAGUCAACCUUUUCCUGAAGGUCAGGAACAUUUUCCUACUUGGAUUGGGAGCAGUACACGUAUCACCAGAGUAUCUUUUUCCAUGUUAUUGUACUGCCCCACACAAAAACAAUUAGCCUUCAACUUGGCUUUGGAGUUUUAACGUCACUCCUGAGAGUGCAAGCUUCCUGUGGAACCAGGCUACAAUAACAGAUUAAAACAACAUGCCAUCUGCUAACUGCACUCUGACCUGUGCUGAACCGAGCCCUUGUGCUUUGCAUAUACAAGCGACAAGGCAGUGGGUUGAGAGGGUGCAUGCAUGUUUCUUGAACUUAACACGCACAGCUUUGAACUUGGAUUGAAACACCAGAAAAGGAAACAACCACGACAGAUAAAACCACUGUGCAGAAGCAACAGAACUGAAGGAAUAUAAAUGCUGAGCAGCCAAAAAAGUCAUGAUUUAUUAAUAUUUGAAGUAACUUCAUAAUUCAACACAACCAAAUUAUACAUUUUACAAUCACAUUCUAUUUGUAAACAGUUAAAAAGCCACUGACUUGUUUGCAUCUUCCAACAGACAGUUAUAAUGAAGGCAAUGAAAUGGUGGCAUUGUCUGCAGUGUUAAAAUUGUGUCCUGGUUUAUCUGCUCUCCGUACAAGCACAAAUGAAUACAUUUAGUGGCAAUAAAACAAAAAAAAAGUGUAAUUUGUUUUCUGUAGGACUCAUAUGCAAACUUUUACAUUAAAAACACCCUCUUACAGAUGAACGAUAUGAUUCUGUAAACCAGAGCUGGUUACAGUAUGCAUAGUUACAGAUCUCAGCCGGUUUCUCUUUUUAAGUACAACAGUCAUUGGACACAGUCACAAUAGCAAAAUACAUUUAGCCACUCAAUAAUGGGAAUAUAAAGGAGGGAAAAAAUAAAGUAUAUAUACUACAACAUGUCACCUUCACUCACUAUAAAAAGACAGCAAUUUCAAAGCAAUGACUGGAAACUCCAGCUUGAAGCAGUUUAACUUGGCAAAAAAAGGUAACUUUUACAGAGCAGUUUAAUUCAGUGCUAAAGUUGGGGGUUUCCUACACAAAUCUACCAGGAGUUUCUACUGUGUCGGAGGCGGGGAGGGGGGAACUAUUUCCUGAGAACCAUGCUCUCUCUCGUUUCAGGAUAUAGAGGAAUAGAAAAAAAAAGAACAUGGUCAAAACACUGUUCAAUAUUCCCAGAGAUAGAACAUCUUCAUCUGCAAUUUUUUUUUUAAAAUAUUUUUAAUUUUUUUCCUUUUUUUCAUUUUUAUGAAUGAUGGAAGAGUAAACAUUUCCCCUCGAAAGUCUGUAAACAAGAGGGCACGACCAGGGCACCUCCAAAAAAAAAUGAAAGCUCUAUUGAAAGUGCUGUACCCUCCUGGCUUGCAGGGUGGGGUUGCAAGUCACAGCUGCUGCCCACAGUGUCACACUGUAGAGAUUAAAUUCUUUAGGUUUUCAUUUUAUCAUAUUAAAACGUUUUCAAAAGAAACAGAUUGGUGCAAUACUUUUUGAAAUUGCAAAGUCAGUAUGAUAACAACCUUGCUCUACAAUACCACAUUAAGGUAAGUACGUGUCAAGGCAUAUUAAAGAGCACACUUUGUCCAUUUUU